CUCGUAAUCAAUCCUCUUCACAGUUAAGGCAUCCGAAACACCGCUUUUCCUGUCUUGAGCUCAAUUAAAGCGCCCUUCCUCUAUUUCCCAUAUGCUUGCUGAUCUACAUUGUCUCCUGCACAAACAACGCCACGAUUUUAAAAUUCUCAUCCUUUCAAAUCUAUUCGUGGAAUUGCCUCUCUCCGUGGCCUCCUUUUGCCACAUGAUGUACAGGCUCCGCGCUCCUCUAAGAUAAUAAGAUGCAGAUGCUGGAGUGAGAAAUAACAUCGUGUGGAGCUGGAGGAACACAGUGGGCCGGGCAGCAUCAGAGGAGCAGGAGAGUUGACGUUUCGGGUGAUAAGGACUACUGGUUUUUUGAAAGGACUGUAUACAGAGUUUGAGCUGAAAUCUGAUAAUGUCAAGGAUAAAGAUGCUAAAAUUGCAUUCUUGCAGAAGGCUAUUGAUGUCGUGAUGAUGGUUUCUGGUGAUUCUUUGUCUGUGAAACCUGCACGUGUUGUGGCUGGUCAUGAACCUGAGAAAACAAAUGAACUCUUGCAAACUAUUGCAAAAUGUUGCCUUAAUAAGCUUUCCAGUGAUGAUUCUGUGAGGAGGGUCCUUGCUGGUGAAAAGGUAGAUCUUAAAUCAAAAGCACUGCCCAGUUCCAAAUCACAGGGAAAAGAAAACAGAGAGAAAAAAGAUGAUGAGCGAAAGAGGCAGAAGGACAAAGAACAAGAGGAAAGGAAUGAGAAUGGAAUUAAGCACACCAGUGGAGAUCGAAAAGAAAAGGAACAUGGGAGACCAAUGGACAAAGAAAGGGACCGACACAAAGAUGGUGAUAGACGAGAAAAAGUAAAGGAUCAAGAAAAGGACCGAGCAAGAACGAAAGAGAGAGAUGAGGAAAACCACAAGAAUCGAGGGGAUGGAGAAAAAGUGGAAAAAGACAAGAACCGAGAAGGAGAAAAAAUGGAAAAAGACAAAAUUAGAGGAGAUGGAGAAAAGGACAAAGAGCGAAGCAAAGAAAGGGAAAGAAAUAGAGAAAAAGUGAGAGAGAAAAGACAGCGAGACAAGGAGCGUGAGCAUUUGAAAGACCCAAGUAGAGAUCAAGAAGUAGAAAGGGAAAAAGCCAAAGAACAGGAAAAAUCUGAUAGAAGGCCUAAAGUUGCAGCAGAGGAAAAACCCCACAAGCAGCCUCCAGAGGUGAUGAAGAAAGACAACAAAGUUGAUGUAGACCAAGAGGAUAAAGUAGUUGAGAUUCCUGGAACAAAGGCUGAGAGCCCGGUCAGGAUACCCAGACCUUCAUCAGCAAAAGGCCAAAGGAGAAAACCAAAAUCAGGAGUUGAAGAUGAGUCAGAUGCCGAAGGGGAACUUGAAGCUGCCCACAAUUCUGUUGAGAAGAAACAUACGACAGAAGUGAAUGGAGAGAUUUUUGAUGAGCUUUCCACUCAAGUCUUGCAAAGCAAACGAAUACCUCGCCCAGGCAGUGCAAGACCAGCACCUCCCAGAGUAAAGAAGCAGGAAGGUCCAGACUCCCCUUCAGAAAGAAUUGGUAGUGCAAAACCUGUCUCUAAUUUAAUAGUGGAUAAAGGAAAGAAUGUUGAAGAAGAAGAAGAUGAUGAUGAACAGUUUGUGGUGGAAGAAGCAGUCUCUCAGCUGCCAGAUAUGCCUGAGGUGGAACCUGCUACAGUGGUGGAAUUGCAAGGCAGUGAAGACCAUGGUGUGCUUGUCAGGAAGAUUUUAGAAACAAAGAAGGACUAUGAAUCUUCUAAGUCUGCAAUAAAAUCCAAAGACCAGGAGAAAACCAUCAUCUCUGAGACAGCAAAAAAGAAGGAAAGGGAGCUUGUGGCCAAGGAAAUAGAGAAACUACGCACAUCCAUUCAGACCCUGUGCCGUAGUGCCUUGCCUCUGGGAAAAAUAAUGGACUACAUCCAGGAAGACAUGGACUCCAUGCAGAAUGAAUUGUCAAUGUGGCGCAAAGAAAACAAGAAGCAUGCAGAAUCUCUUCUAAGAGAACAAAGCAUCACAGACACAGCUGUGGAGCCAUUAAAGACUGAACUUGCUGAACUGGAGCAAUUGAUUAAGGAUCAGCAGGAUAAGAAUUGUGCUGUCAAGGCAAAUAUACUGAAAAAUGAGGAUAAGAUCCAGAAGAUGAUCUCAAGUAUUAACUUCUCUGCUAGAUCCUGAGGGAGGAAAGGCUGUUUCACAGUCGGUGCUGCAACCAGUAAUGCAGUUCAGCAAAUAAGGUGAAGAAAUGAAAGGGAGGAGGGAUCUUGUAUGACAACAGCCUGACAAAUAAUGUGUACAAGGAUUUUUAAAAAAGCGUUUCUCAGCAUUCCUAUGUGUCAAAUUAGUUGCAUUCUACCAGAGAGUGUAUUAUCUUGCAUAGUUUGGAGAUAACAAAUAUGUACAUCAAAUAAAAAGCAAUGUUUAAAAAUAGCCUGCAGUUCUGAUAGCAGGAUUUGUACCAUUUUCUUUUGUGCUUGCCUUCUUUGGGCUUAAAUUCUUGAAAGUGAUUUUAGCAGAAUAGUCAAUGUGAAUAAAAAGCAGGAUGGUAAAAUUAUUGAUUGGCGGAAUUUUGCUCCCUUUUAUGUUUAACUGAUGGUUACUCUUCCCAUUAAUAUCUGAAUGUGUUCAGCUAAGCUACAGUGUUCUCUGCAGGAAUAGAUAUCUUCGUGGCACCAAGGCAAUAGAACAGCCCAACAUCCUGGCCAUUGCUAGACAACGUUGGUGCUUGACGCUAAGAUGAGACAACAUGUGUUCAUCUUUACCAAUUAAAGCUGAUGGACUAGGCCUCUGAAUGUAGGAUGUUUUCCAUCUACAGAUAUGAAAACCUUUAUAAAGAAAGUAAUUAGAUACCCAGGAUCCCUAGCUGUAUCGUACUGAAAAGUGACACGAGGGAGUGAAUUUUCCUGUAAUUUAUAGUUUAGGUUUUGCUAAUAAUGGCAAUAUCUGUCACAGUUUUCAUGUACUUUUGGGUUCUAAUGUACAAAUAAUGUAAAUGGGGCACUUUAACCGUUUGCAUUACAAUAAUAGAUACUUGAAGUGGAACUAGUAGCAUGAUUUGGCGUGAUCAGAACUUUGUCACUAUGAUUUAAAGUGUUACAUCAUCACUUCAAUUAGAUCAUCAAGAAAUACCUGUUAUCUUCUAGUAAGAGGUUAACUGUAAUUGGCUAUGGAGUCACAAUGAGUUACAUGUAUAACCAUCUUCUGUUGCUUGCAAGAUAUCAGAAAUACAGGCAAACUGUACUCCUAGCCACAUGCUGAUAAAAAUACAAGAAUUCUUCAUAUUUCUCUGAAGUGGAUGAAGUAAGGCAACUUGUAAAUGAGAAUAGUUCCAUUGCGUUUCCAUUGGUAUAAGUAUUAAAUAGUGAAAUAGAUUGUUGCUCGCUUGUAUUAUAGCAUAACCCUACUCAAUGCACGCUGGGUGAAAACAUUGCCCUUCAUUAACCAUACUCAAAUACACUGAAGUACUGAGCACUGUUUGGGAGCUUUAAUUACUGAAAUUUUUCCCCUUGAUUUGCAGAACUUGAAUAUACCUUGUUGAAAACAGGCAUGCUAUAUUCUCAGUCACAUUUUUUGCUGUAACAGCAAUAACUGAUGACUCGUGUCUUUAUUGCAGAUAAUUUGCGUAUUAGACACGGGAUGGUUGAGAAAUAAGGAUUACAAUGAGACUGAAAGCUAAAUUUGGAAUUGUUGUGAUAUUCUUCUAAAUGAAAAUCUGGGUUUAUUUUUACUUUCAAAGUGAACAUGUAAAAAAAAAAAUUCUGUUCUGAUAGUUAGCACAAAUUUCCUUCACAUUCCCAACCAAAACCUGGUGAAUGUCAAGAAUAUGUACAUUGAAGUUACGCUUGAUCCUUUUUCAUGCUAACCGUGGUAUUUUGAGUGGGAUGAGAGUAUUAGGACGUCACAUAGCAGCGGUGCCAAAGACUUUACUACUUAAAAGCAAAAAUCUUGUUGACCUAUUUGAAAAAUAAAUUGUUAUCCCAAGUAUUUGCACACCUAACCAGGCCCAUACUAUUUAUUAUCAAAUAUUUUCCAAUAGCUUAUUCUAUUGGAUCACCUUGACUCAUAUCCAGUUCUACCAAUGAAGAUUAGACUUCGUCUCAAACAGAAAUGCAUUGUUGUGAGCUGUUUGUGUCCAGAGCAAUUCAAUUGAUUUUAAAGCUGAACUGAGUAGAAAUGUUGCAAAGGACCAUUUUAACACUGAAACAUUCCAAGCCAACAAUAGGACUCUAAAAAUCAACAUUUUUUAAAAGCCAUGUUGAGAUUUAAUUAUUCCAUUUAAACAUAGAUAAAGCUUGAAAGGUACUUUCUGUCCCUGCUUGGAAAACAAGUGCCUUCAACAAGGCUGUCUUACGUUGGGUUUUGUGUGUACAUUGUAUGUAUUCUUUGUGACAGUGACGCACUUUGUGCAAUUCACCUUUAGGUUAAUUGACCAAAUUUCUAUGUACAUCACUGCCUUGGAACAACAUCAGAGUAAGAAUUGAAAAGAAAAUCUGGCCAGUAAUUAUGACCCAUUUGCACAAGUAAACCUCUCUAGCCAAAGACAGACGGUGCAUUUCAGUCAUCAGAUGACUUGAAAUCUGGUAAUUUGCAACUUUUUAUUCCCUAUUCUUUAAAAUCUCCGUUACUUCAUAAAGGCCUGAUAAAACUAUUUGACCUUUUGAGCCUGCCGUAUAGCUCAGCAAUAUUAUGGCUGGAACCCUACCUCAACUCCAUUUUCUUGCACCAUUUCAAUUCCUAUUGAUUCCCUGAGUACUCAAAAAUCUAGAGACUUGUCUUAAAUAUUCUUAAAAACUAAGCAAUUUAGAUUGAGAAUUCAUAAUCUUCACAACCCUUUGAGUAAAGAAAUACCUCCUUAUGUUGCUCCGAAUUGGCUAAUCUUUGAUUCUGAUCCUGUGAUCUCCGUAUUCAAGACUCCCUCGCUGUGGAAAAUACUUUCUCAACAUCCACUCUGCCAAGCCUUUGAAAUAUUCUGUUUUAUUUAGUUCACCUCUUUCCCCAUUCUAAACUGUAAAAUGAAAUAGAGGCCUGGACAACUUGCUAUUUUCUUGUGAGGAAAAUCAUCUCUUCAUAGGAACCAAUGUUGUGACCAAUCAUUGCACACCCAGGAUGGAGGGCAAUGAAAGAAACAAGUGUGGCUAAUAAAGAGACCAAAGCUGUGCGUUAUUUUUGGUACGACCCUACCAAUGCCUUGUUUGGUAGUGAGGCUUAUUUACUUCACACGUUUUAUAAAUAUAUUCUCAACAUGAAGGAACUUGAACAACUUUACUGCUCCUUUUCCAAAAAGAUUUCUUAUGGUUAAGAGAACACUCGUUCUGGACACCCAUGCCAUUCAUAUGUGGUGUGGUCAUUUUCCUGUAAACUUACUUGAAGAUAUUUGUUUCUCCACUUGCUCAUUGGUAUCAAAUUGCAGUUUAAAACAAGCUGUGCAAUGUUAACUAUGAUGAUUCCCGAAGAUUUUUUAAACAUGAUCUAUUGAUAUUAUUCCACUGCCUCUGUCUGCUCUAAUGAAUUGUCUUUUUGUUUCCACUGUACUUUUAAAACUGUACAAAAUUGGAGCAACUGUUUAAAUUUAAGCUUUAAUAGCUUGUUUGAAAUACUCAUUUAGACUUUUACAUGAAAAAUGACAAGUUGGGCAGAGUAUUUGCGCCUUUGGAAGGGGCAAUAAACAAACUUAAAAAUAAUCUGUCCUCUAUUAAACUCUUAAUAGUUAUUUGUUUUUAAAACUAGAGCAAGAUGUACGUUUUGAAGAAUUGCUUGGGGUCAAUGAUGGGAAAAGAGAGUUAAAAGAGUCAUCAAAGCCACUAGUAUUUCUAUGGCUUCAAAUUAGGGUUUUACAGCAUUUGGUGCAAAUAGCACAUUUUAAAGAUUUUUGUUUAAUCUCCUGAAGUAGCAGUUUCCAGGUUAAAAUUGCAAUUUUAUGUCUGAAUAUUAAGGUCUACAUCCCUUCUUAACCGCUAAAAAUGUAUGUAACCAUAAGUAAUUUCUACAACAUGUGUGAAAUAGUUGCGUGUUCUUGCUCAUAACUGAACAGAUGUGCUAUAUUUAUUUCCAAAUUGGUUCAGUUCAAACAUUGACUGAUUUGUGUUAAAACAAUGAUUGGCACGUCUUUAAAGAUGAAUUAAUGAAGGCGGUGAUUUUUUUUAAACCUCAAGACAUGUAUUCGGAUGAUGGUUGGUUUCCAGUACUUUCAAGGUGAUUGGAAGAUAAACGGAACUUUAAACAAUACUUGGUAAUUAAACAGAGUAACACAAUUCCCGCUCCAACUGAACAAAGUCAGUGACUUUGCAGCCAACAUUCUCAGCUGAGCUACUGAUCAUUGCUAGUUCGCAGUAACGCAAGUUUGGAUUACGCAUUAGCCUGAUCUGUUACAUGAAACGUUUUACAGAACUUCAUGUGUUCAAUGUAUUGUUAACUCUAUUGUACAUUUAUGUAAAUUUUGUCCACUGUAACAUAGUUAAAAAUUAAUUUUGUAGUGGAGUGAAAUAAAAUGUGUGCCUUUACUGAAAA